GGUCUUGGAGUAAAUGAAUCCAUGUAUUUUUUUUUCAGCCCGUCCUAUUUAUACUAGCAUACAAAAACAACAAUGACUGACAAACAGCCUCAGUUAAUUGCAUAUCGGUUUGCUCACUCAUGAAAAACAGGCGAUCUUUUUCUUUCAACGCGAAUGUAUGUCCCUGUUCGUAACUCAAAAUGCAGUUGUAUUAGGAGAUGGGAACGAGGAGCAAUGAAAGGGUCCGUGAAUUGCAUGAAAGACAAUCCUUUAUCGGUGAUGAGUAGACAACACGUAUCCUUUCGUAGAAGAGGGCAAAACCUUACCAUCGUCCCUCAUCGGUCUGCAAAAUGGUUAGCCUACUUAUACGCUUUCCUAUAUUCAGUUGGUGAAAAGAAAACAAUGAAUAAAGACAGAUGGCUGUCUUGGCUUACUGCACAAUAAUAGUACCUGUCAAGAAGUAUUAUGAGAGGGUCUGAUUGGUGGGAAAUCUGAAUGGAAAAGGUUUAACUUUUUAACAUCAUGGUAUACACCUCACCACCACUCCCUCCCU